AGAGACGCGCGGGAGCCGCAGAACACCCACAGUGCUCAGACUGCUGCCCGUGCCGAGCCUGGCACCAGAGGUCUUGGAGCACCUUCCCUCCCUCCCUUCCUCCUCUGGAAACCUUUCCCUGCGGGCAGACCGCGCUGGGGACACUCGGCUCUGCAAGUACAGAACAGGCUGUCCGUGCUGCCACCCAUCCUGAACCCCUGGAAUGGAGGCUGGGCACAGGAAGGAUGGCACGACUGAGGGGAGGACACCCCACUAAACAGAAAACCUUCUGCUGAGUUGGGCAGUGAGUCAAACUGCUUCUUGGAAAUUUUGGGUUUUGUUCAUUAACAGCAGGAUUUCCUUCACCAAAGACAAUGGAUUACAAAACGUUACCUGUGAGAGAAUGGGUUGAGAACCACGUCAAAUGCUGGCUGGAAUCUACCGGAAUCAAGAAGGAGUAUGUAGAUAAACUCCAUGCAGAAGAAGUGACAGGUCCAGCAUUAAUGGAACUGGAUGAGUCUUUCCUCAUCAAAGACAUAGGAAUGAAGAGAGGCCAAAUCCAGAUCUUAAUCCACAAGAGAAAUGAACUUUUGCGGCUGCAGGACAACGCAGAGCAAGCUGAGGACUCCAGCAGCAAAACACGCGACAGAAGGGAUGCACAAACAGCCCCAGCCAGAGCCAGCAAUGCCCCUGCUCAGGGCACGGCGAGUGAAGGCAGCUCUGGUGCUGUGGGUACCACCAGCAGCGAGAGCACAGCUCCUGCUUCUGGCAAGAAGCCAAAAAGCAGCAAGAAAUCCCAGCUUCCAAGUGCUGCUGAAGUUUUAGAGGUCAGAAACUAUCGGCCAUUUAGAAGUCAGGACACCGACUUCAGAUACGUGAAGGACACGGUUCUUCCUCCAGAAUCAGGAGUCAGUGAUUUAAUCAUUCCUUGCCACGAAUACAAAUCCUGUGACACUGCUGCAGAACUGAACAAACAACAGCUGCAAUCAAAAUUUGCCUCUGAAGUGAUACGAUUUGCUUCAGCCUGCAUGAACAUUCGAACAAAUGGCACCAUCCAUUUUGGUGUCAUGGACAGUGUUGAGAACAAGGGCUGGAAACACGGACAGAUCGUCGGCAUAAAGGUCAAAAAACGAGAAGACUUUGUUGAUGCUCUGGAUUAUAAUAUAGAAAAGUGCUUUUGCAAUAAUUUACAAGAAAUUGCAAGGAAAUGUAUUCAUCCACCUGUAUUUGUUGAAGUGAUUUCAAAAGACUCUCAAGAACAAAGAUUUGUAGUGGAGGUUGACAUUGAACCAACAUUCAGCUUGGUAAAGAACAAUUGCUUUGAAGUUUAUUUGCCAAAAUACAACGAAAGCAGUCAGAAGGUGUUCCUGACCAAAGAACCAGCUCUCUACCAGCGACUGGGAGCGAAGUCUGAGCCUGUGCAGCGCAGCAAACUCACUGCUUUCAUUCAAGCCAUGCCAGACAGGGAUGCUCAAAGAGAAAGAGCUGAGCUCUCCAGCACACAAGUACCUACGGAAAUACCUCAAGAUUUAGGAAGAAAGUUAUCAAUUCUAUUAAAUGAUGGCAAAAGCUACAUGGAUGAUUCCCUACGGUACAUCCUUGUCACAAACAGAUGUGAACAGGAUAAUCUGAACCACAUCGACUUUUUAAUGCACUUGAACAUUUUCUGUGUCUUUGACUUUGAUGAACAUUCUAAUGUGUCAGGGCUGUACAGCAAAUACAAAGAGCACCAUGAAACAAGUUCUUAUUUCUUACAGGAUUUUUUCAAAGAAAUUAAGACUGAUAAUUCUCCCUCUCAGAAGCUGUUUGAUCAGACCAGCUGGAUAUUCUGCAAUGGGCGCAGUGACUUCCUUGGGGAUGAGAAAGCUUGUGACGAAAAUACAUGGAUUAGAACAAAAAAGAAAUACCUGAAGAAAGUAAUUACUUGUAUCUGCGAGGAAAUUCUGCCAGAGGGCUCUUUCAUUGUGCUUUUUCUAUUGCUGUCACCAGUGCAGAAACCACUUGUGGACACUUUUCAGGAAUUCUAUACAGAGAUGAAUGGCAUGGAGUACAUCAUCUGCAUUGCAGAGUCCAGAGACAAUUACAGGAAGUGGGCUAAUCUAGCUCAGGAAUCCUGCAGCAUUGAGACCCUGGAACAACGCGGUGUUGUGGGUAUGAAGCUCAGUCACGUAGAUGCCACCAUCCAGUCAAUGCUGCCUUCUACAGCCCAACCCAGACACCUGCCAGCUUCCACUGGAGGCCUGUGUACACUUCCCUUGCGAGAAGAAGAGAAAUUGUGUUCCCUAGAAAUCCUUUGUACUGAUCAAUGUGAUGAUAUCAGAUUAAAUCUUUGGACUGAAAAACAAAAACAAGAAAUAGAACAAGAUUUUUACCGUGGGAGAAAAAUCACAUGGGAAAACUUGUGGCUUGCUGAUAAUAAACACUGUGGGGACAUCAUUGAACGUAGCGCAUGUGCAGAGGCAAGCAAACUGCUGGAUGGCAUUUUACGAGGAGGUGUACACAAUUAUUCUGUGGCUAAACUAAAGAUAUUUCACCAUCCUGGGAGUGGAGGAAGCACAAUAGCACGGCAAGUUCUAUGGAAAAACAGGAAGCGUUUUAGAUGUGCUGUUAUCAAGACCUCCUAUCCACCCUUAACUGUUUGUAACCAUGUGCUCGCCCUUAGAGAUUAUGAAGAAAAGGAAAUAAUUCACUGCUUUCCUGUGCUGCUCCUGAUCGAAGAUUAUGAUGAUGAGUACCUGGAGGACCUACAGAGUGAGUUAAUAGAGGCUGCAGCAGCCAGGAAAAUGAAUACCUCCAGGCCUUACUUCAUCCUCAUAUGCUGCAGACGAUUCAAUGACCCUGAAAGGCAUUGCAAGGCUUCGCCACUGGACACAGUUGCUGUCACUCACAAACUGACAGAUUUAGAGAAAGAGCAGUUUAACACCAAACUUGAAAAUCUGCAGCAGAAAUAUGAUAAACCAGAAUUCAUACUUACAUUUGUGCUGAUGUGUAAGGAGUUCAGUAAAACAUAUGUGUCAGACAUGGUAGAGCACAUCCUGCAAGGCAUCGACCUUUCCUCUCGUGACACCUGCUUGAUGCGUUACAUUGCUCUGCUCAACUGCUAUGUACCAAACUCAUACCUUUCCCUGUCACACUGUGAGGCUUUUCUGGGCCUGGGGGCAUAUACAGAGAGUACAGCAAGAGCAUACGAUUUCAAGCAUCACUUGAGUGAACAAGCAAGAAUGAUUUUCAUUGAGCUAAGGGAAAGCACCACUUAUAUUUCAACUAUUCGGAUAAUACACUGCCUGGUUGCAAAAGAAAUUCUGCAUCAACUUUCAGGGAAUCAAUCACUAAGUCAAAUUGCAACAAAUCUUCUUCAGGAAAAGACACUCUUUGAAAACAGAUUUGGACGAGAAGAAUUCAGAAGGUUUAUCAGACAUCUGUUUAUUCGACGUGAUAAAAGAAGCAGGGGGGACAAUACUGACACUCUCUUCUCCCCAUUCAUUGAACAAGUCUGUGAAACCGAAGACUGUGAAAAAGCCAUUGCUGUUUUAAAAGCUGCGUAUGAACUCCUUGGAAAAGAUCCUUUUUUUGCCCAGCAGCUUGCCAGACUAAAUUACAGCAAUGAAAAAUUUGAAGAUGCUAAAUACUGGGCAAAUGUUGCAAAAUCACAUUUGCCAACUGAUUCUUUUAUUUUGGAUACAGAAGGUCAAGUCUACAGGAGAUGGUUUAGUUUCACUGUGGAUAAAAUGACAGAGGAAGAUACUCCUGAAAGGAUCACUGAGAAGAUAUUGCUUGCUCUUGAAGCUAUGAAAUGCUUCAGGGCUGCACAACAUGCAGCAAAGGAAGAACGUGAAAGUAUGAACAACGCUGGCUAUUUUGGAGAAGUAGAAGUAGGUUGUCGCCUUCUUCGAUUUUUGUCCACACUGCCUGUAUUCCACAGAGGUCCAGAGAGGGAACAUACUGAGCUUGUGAAAUAUCUCACCACAGAUUACAUUCCUGAAGACAUAAAAAGACCAUGGGGAAGGCUUCAUUCCCGCUUGAAAGGCUUGCGCCAGAACCUGUACAAUGCUCUGGAAUGGAUUUCAGAAGAACUAAGUUACUUCCAAACAGAUAAAAACCAGGAGAAGGAUGAUGAAAAUGAUGAUAAGGAAGAACAAAUUCAUAAUCCCAGAAAAUGGCUGAGAAAGCAAGCAGCUGUAUACGCUAAAUUCUUCAUCUCAGCAUCACUUCUAGAUGACAGCACCAAUGGUCCUGACACUCAGCUCAUGAGACAAAUGAGUAUUUAUGGGAGUGGUGGAGGAAAUGUCACCAAUAUCCUGUCUUUCUUAACAGAUAAGAAAGAGAAGAGGUCAGCUGAAAAGCUAGAAAGGAUCCUUAGUUUCUAUCCAGAAAACCCACUGAGGAACAGGUUGGAGGACAAUGAUUUGAUCAAUUUCAUUUUGUGCCACAUCACAUUAGCCUGCUUAGCACCAGGAUCAGCCAAACUCCUUCCACUGCCAACUCUGCGUGAGCUCAGUCUAAGAUUCUUCAAAGGAAAGAGACAAUUUCCAGCAAGUGCCUAUUUUUUGCUCACCUUGCUGUACUGGCCAGAUGAGGCAUUAGACAAAGAGCCUAAUCCCAUUAAUGAUGAAAUUUUAACUUCAGCUCUUCAAACCCUGAAACGCUUAUAUGACAUCAAAGUGAAAGAUGUUCCUACCAGAAAGAAAAGAAUCUACACCCAUUUUUUUCUGGGAAAGGGUUAUGGCUUAAGUAAGAUAGUGGACAAAACUAAAAUUGACAAAUUGAUGGUGGGGUCCUUAGAUGAGAGGAGAAUGAAGUGGCUGCAUGGAACUGUAUGGAAUGUUCCCAAAAUUCGUGACAACCUCAAAAGAGUUUCUGGCUGGUCCAAGGACAGAAAUUUAUUUAUACGAGGUCACGGCAAGGAACUCCAGAUCUUGCCACUCCAUCGUGAAUCAGUGCCUGCUGGAAGUGAAAAUGUGACCUUUUAUUUAGGCUUUUCAUUUAAUGGUCUUGUUGCUUUCAAUAUUGAAGUUGAAAAUGAUCCAGCCAUCAAAAGAACCUAAGGUAUGUAGUACAGUACUGUAUGCACUGUGCUCUUAGAGGGUACAGCACUGGAAGGGUCCAGUCUCACAUUUAAAACUAAAAGUGGACUGUUCUGGGUAACCACCAGACAACAUUAGAAUUAACAACCAUAAUACUGACCAAAUAACUCAAAAAAAUUUAAACUAUUAACAGAGUGAACUUAGAGCCAAGCUAUUGAUUGUUCUGGAGUUACAGAAAGCAAGAUUUCAAACCAAAGACCCAAAGACAACAAUUGAUCUGGUUUUUCUUACCCCACAGACUAGCACUUCAAGUUAAUCUCUGCGUAGUCUUGUAGUCUUGAUCAGUAAAAGAAUUUGUCCAGUGCUGUUGUCAUCUUAUUGCAGAAGUUCCAUACCUUCUUGUUGAUUUCUCCAGGGCAGCUCCUCACAGCACUGACUCCUUCUUCCAAGUACAGCCAACAACUCCAGGUCUCUCCUCAACCAGCUAAGCCACUCUUUUGUAGCACUCUUCUUACUGGACACAGCUGUGGCCUAUUAAGGGCAGGCCUGUUCCUUUUGGUGAUUAGUACAGCUGCAACUCCUCAGGGGUGAGGUUACCUUCUGCACUAUUUUCUUACAUUCUAUCCCUUCCACACAGUGUAACUAAAUUUUUCUUCCUGAAUCAGCAACAGAAAAAUGAACUCAGACCACAUACCAUGUUGACAUGUGCCAUGUAUGAAAUACCUACUGACUGCAAAGCCAGUGUCAGUAUGGAAGCAGUGUUAAAGCUGACUUCACAACCAGACUGGUAAAAAACAGGCCCCAAAUUCUGCAUAAUCCUACAUUGCUUUGCAUAAUCCUACAUUGCUUCUCUGUGUAAAUAGUACCUUACUAGACAAUAUCUAUAUCUGGGCUGGGGUGGGAGAUAUGUGAGCAGAGUCAUGGGUGGCAUAAAAGAUCAGUUGUAAACACUGUUAUGUGUACAUGGUCAAACAAUUCCUGCACUUGGUGAAAUUAUUUUGCAUAUCAGCCAAGGAAUACCACAGAAUACAGAACUGAAAUUUGUCUAGAGCAUACAUCCAUGAUUUGAAAAUGCAAAGGAGGUUUUCAGUGCUGUGUCUGCAACCAUGAUGCCAUAUUCUGCUUCUAAUAACAAAAAUGUGUGUUCUUGGAGUUUCCCAUUGUUUGAUACAGGAUAUUGUGACUAAAAUUGCCAAAACCCUGUCAUAUAACUUGUUUUAAUCGAAUAAAUAUCUUUUAUGAAGUA